AUGACUUUGCCUGUUUCGCUCAGCGAGUUUUACACCAGUUUCUUCGUAGGGCUUACUCUUCACCUUGCGGUCGGCACCAGCAACAUUGAGUUCGAGCGAUAUGUUGUGAAUUCAAUCGGAGCCGUUCUCCUUGCAUAUGGCGGCAUGCUUACUUGGUGGUCUCGAUGCGACGAUCAUGAUCUUCUGAUCGCUACAGGACGAGCGAGCCUGGCUGUCGCUGGUGCGACCACAGGAGUCCUUAUAAGCCUUACCGUCUAUCGACUUCUGAUGCAUCGAUGCCACAGGUUUCCAGGCCCACGACUUGCGGGGCUUUCCCGUUUCUAUUUGGCGUACCUGAACGCAAAUCUGAAGGAUUCCCAGUACUAUCAGAAACUUGAAGAUCUGCAUCGAAAAUACGGAACCUUCGUGAGGAUCGGCCCGCGUGAGAUCAGUAUACUUGACAAAGAUGCGAUCCCUCUCAUCUAUGGAUCAAAAAGUAAAUGCAGAAAAGCAUCAUGGUACAGCGCAACCGGAUUCGACCCAGACCACGUCAACAUUGGAGCAAUCCGGGACCCUGUGAAGUACAAGCAGCGAAGACGUGCCUGGGAUCGCGGAUUGUCUACAAGAAUGCUUCCUGUUUUUGAGCCUCGAGUCAAAGACAAAGCAGAUAUGCUUAUCAAGCAGUUGAGGGAUCAUGCCGGCCAAGCAGUGGACUCUACAGCGUGGUCAAUGUUAUUCAGCUUCGAUACUAUGGGAGAAGUAAGCUUCAGUCAAGACUUUGGUAACCUAGCCACCGGCGAAGAGCACCCAGGUAUCCAGGUCAUGCACAGCCUUCUUUGGCUUCUUGGGGUUAUGUCGCCUUUACCUUGGCUGUUGUAUCUUUUUGCUUUGCUACCUGGCGCGGCGAAGACACUGAUCAAGUUUGACAGCAUAUGCGUGGACGUGCUUGCUGAAAAAGAGAAGAACUGGAACAAUGAGCAAGAGCCGAGCGAUGUAGUUUCUUGGUUCCUCAAAGCUAUUAAUGACAAAGACGUGUCAGCGUCGCCGACCCGAAAGUCUCUCCUUGAGGACACCCGCGGCGUGGUCAUCGCCGGCAGCGACACAACAGCAAGUACGCUUGCCAAUGUCCUGUUUUGUCUCGCCAAACAUAUCGACGUCCAGCGCAAACUUCGUAACAUGCUAAAUGAAACUAUGCCUCAAGGCUAUUCCGACUGGCAAUAUGCCUCGAUCAAGGACAUCUCGUAUAUCGACGACAUAAUCAACGAGACACUACGACUGAAGCCUCCAAUCAUACAAGGAACACCGCGCGAAACUCCAGCAGAGGGUCUGCAGAUCGGGGACGUAUGGAUUCCCGGGCACGUCAAUGUGCUUGUACCGACGAUAUCGAUUCAACGUGAUCCCCGUUGGUGGAAAGAGCCAAACCACUUCGUACCCGAGCGCUGGCACGAGCGGAAAAACGAAAUGGGCACUGAGGAUGCGCCGUGGAUGCCAUUUCAGCGGGGCUUACACCAUUGCGCAGGAAAAGAAGUCGCAUACCUGACAUUGAGGACCGCGAUUUCCGCGAUUGUGCAGAACUUCGAUGUCACGUUUGCGCCUGAGGAGAGCGAAGAGAGCAUCAAAGCGUUCGAUGAGCGGUUCUUGUCUUCGAUGUUGAUGACGCUCCGCCCUCUUCAUCUUGUCUUCACGGAAAGGUAG